GUGCAGCAAGUGCAGUGCCUUUCCCGGCAUCUGAAACCAGCAGCGCCCCGGUGCAGCCCAAGAUCAGCUACAGCAGGGAGACGGUGGCCAAGCCCGGCGACAACGUCACCAUCGACUGCGGGGUCGAAGGCAUCGACUUGUCUGGCGUCGCUGACUUCAGCGUCGCCUGGAGCAAGAUCGACAAGCCGAAGCCAACCAACUCGUACCCUAUCAGUUCCGGGGAGAAGGUGGUGCUCUUCUCUUCCAAGUACCGCGUGCUGCAUCCCGACGGCACCUUCCAGUACUCUCUGCAGAUCCUGGACAUCGCGGAGGAAGACACAGGAACCUAUCGUUGUACCGUAAACUUUGGCGACAACCAAAAGAUCAACGCCGAAGUGCCCGUUUUGAUCCAGAAGGCCCCCUACUUCGUAGACGCCACCACCAAGACCUUAACGGUCACUGAAGGCGACGCAAUCUCCAUCGACUGUCAACCUGGUGGUUCCCCAACACCCACCGUCUUCUGGGAGCGCGUGGCCGACGAGCUGCCCUACUAUGGAGGAAACUUCUUUAAGGACAACCAACUGGACAUCCCUGCAGUGGAGGCCUCCCACAGCGGACGCUAUGUGUGCCACGCCGACAAUGGUCUGGGGGAGCCGGCCAGAAGUGAAGUCGUCCUCGCGGUCCAGUACGCGCCCAGACUGUCCGUGUCCAGCAACUCGGUGGCAGCUGUGAUUGGUGGUACGGUGGAGGUGACGUGUGAGGUGGACGCUUAUCCUCCCUCUGAGCUGGCCUGGUACAAGGAGGGGGAGAUCCUGCUGGGGUCUGCCAACGUCAGGAUCUUCAACAAGGCUGUGGAGACUCCCCGAGUCCGAGAGCAGAAGGAGCUCGAGCCUUACCUCACGCCCCCGCAGGCGGUGGUGUCCACCCUCACCAUCCAAGAGGUGACACCGGAUGAUCUGGGCACCUACACCUGCCAGGCCGUCAAUGUAGUAGCACCCGUCACUCAACCCGUCGCGAUACUGCUCACCACGCCCCCCGCCAUCAAACGGCAGUCCCAGCGUCGCGUCUUCUACCAGGACGCUGAGAUGAGUGGCGGCAGCGGCCGCAGCGCCGUCCCUAUUGCCCUCGAGUGCGAGGCGUCGGGCGUCCCCCAGCCAGAGUACAAGUGGACCCGUAACAACGAGGUGCUGGUAUGGCAGUCUGAUCCUCGUAUGUCCCUGGAGCCCUCAAGUGGCACCCUGCUGAUCACGGACCCCGAAGUGAAGGACAACGGCUGGUACCAGUGCAUCGCCUACAACGACCUCGGAGUCGCCAAGUCCGACCCCGUGUACCUCCUCAACGCAACCAGGGUGUCCUUUGAUACGGCCGGGCAGCCGCUGGUGGAGCUCACUGCGGAGCUCGGCAGGCCCUUCAGCAUGUCCUGUCCCAAAGCCACUGGCGACCCCGCACCCGAAGUGACCUGGGCCAUCCAGUCCACGGUGCAGGUGGCAGAAGGCCAAACUCAGCUGACUUUCUUCAAGUCGAACCGCACUGUCGUUGGUCCCGAUGGUACAGCCUACUUUACCCACGUGAUUGCAGAGGACGACUCUGACGUCUCGAACAUCUUGUACAUCUGCCUGGGGGUGAGCGAGAUCGCCCCCCAGGACUACAGCCUCGGCACGACCGUCAAGCUGAAAGUGGUGCCCCCUCGGGACGGCAUCGAGAACGCCAACAAAACCAACCUGAACAUCGAACCUUUCCUGAUGUACGGGUCGCCCAAUAAGACCCUCUUCAGGGGCGGCCAGGAGAACAGACUGUGGUGCAUCUUCGGCGGAGAUCGGAACGCAAUAUGUAACCAAGUUAUGCUUAACCAAGAGCCUUCCGAUCAAAAAUUGUCACGAGUUCGCUACUCCCAACAGACAACCACAACAGCACCCUGGUGUUCCACAACACCAACAUCACCCAUGCAGGCCGCUACAGGUGGGUGUUCUCCCCCAGCAACAGACAACCACAACAGCACUCUGGUGUUCCACAGCACCAACCUCACCCAUGCAGGCCGCUACAGGUGCACGGCGAGCAACGGCGCUGGUCCCAUCCACCAGCGGACGAUGGAGGUGACGGUGGACAUGCCGCCCACCUUCCGCCAGGCCAUGAAGUCCAUCACCGUCCGCAGCGGCAGCAGCGUCACCUUUGUGUGCGACGCCCAGGGUAGUGGAGUGCUGACGUACACGUGGUUCCUGAAUGGUCGUGAGAUAGUACCAGGGAUACUCGGUAGUGGAGUGCUGACGUACACGUGGUUCCUGAAUGGUCGUGAGAUAGUACCAGGGAUACUAGGCAGCAGGAGGACAGCAGUUGGACAGAACUUGACCAUCGCAGAUGCAACGGUGGCGGACACCGGCAACUACGCCUGUAACGCCACCAGCAUCGCCGGAUACGCUUACGGCCAGGCUACACUCAGCGUCUUGCCCGCGGCAACUUCGGAAGGCGGCGCCUGCCCACAAGUGGCACCUCUGCGUGAGGAGCUGGCGGAGGUACGAGAAUCGCUCCAAAAACUACGCGACUUCGUUCAGAACACCAGGACUGCGCAGGCUGAUGCAAGCAUCAGUUUAAUCCAAAGAAUCGCUGCAAAACUCAACAUUCUGACGCAAGAGGAACUAGAUCUUGCGGCUGCGCAGGAAUACAUCACGCGCAACCGCGAGGAUGUCAAGAUUACGGCGGACUUGCGGCAACCCGCCAACAACAAGGAGGAGACCCCAGAGUUCCUGUACGGGGAGCAACCAAAAGUUUCCCUGAGGAGCCCACAGGUGGAAGAGGAAAGUGAAGUAGAAAUUGAAGCUGCUGAGGGAGAGAAAGAAAGUGAAGCUACUGGAGGAGAGAAAGAGAGUGAAGCUGCUGGAGGAGAGAAAGAAAGUGAAGCUGCUGAGGGAGAAAAAGAAAGUGAAGCUGCUGGAGGAAAGAAAGAGAGUGAAGCUACUGGAGGAGAGGAAGAAAGUGAAGCUGCUGGAGGAGAGAAAGAAAGUGAAACUGCUGGAGGAGAGAAAGAAAGUGAAGCUGCUGGUGGAGAGAAAGAAAGUGAAGCUGCUGGUGGAGAGAAAGAAAGUGAAGCUGCUGGAGGAGAGAAAGAAAGUGAAGCUGCUGGUGGAGAGAAAGAGAGUGAAGCUGCUGGAGGAGAGAAAGAAAGUGAGGCUGAAAGUGGAAAGGUUGGAGAAGGAAGUGAAACCAUUGUUGAAUCUGAGGGUGCAGAGUCAGAAAGUGAAGCCGAAAGUGAAGCUGAAGGUGGAAAGAAAGGAGGAGAAAGUGAAGCCGCUGCUGAAGCUGAAGCCGAGGGUGCAGGUUCAGAAAGUGAAGCCGAAAGUGAAGCUGAAGGCGGAAAGGCUGAAGGUGGAAAGAAAGGAGGAGAAAGUGAAGCUGCUGCUGAAGCUGAAUCUGAAUCUGUGGGUGCAGAGUCAGAAAGUGAAGCCGAAAGUGAAGCUGAAAGUGGAAAGAAAGGAGGAGAAAGUGAAGCUACUGCUGAAACUGAAGCCGAGGGGGGUGCAGAGUCAGAAAGUGAAGCUGAAAGUGAAGCUGAAGGUGGAAAGGCUGAAGAUGGAAAGAAAGGAGGCGAAAGUGAAGCGAAGGAUACUAAGCCCAGACUUUCAGCCCCAGUUUCCAGACCCAAAGUCCCUCUGACCGCCGCCCUCAGGAGGAAGGCCAAGAUUUAAUCCUUCUGGAAAGUUCUUAUCCUUCUGGAAAGUUCUUAUCCUUCUGGAAAGUUCUUAUCCUUCUGGAAAGUCCUUAUCCUUCUGGAAAGUUCUUAUCAUUCUGGAAAAUGUUAAAUGUUUCAAUUAUACCCAAAAUUAAAGGAUUGGAUACUGAUGUUGUAGAGGCAUUGAACGUGUUUCUGCUGAUGAUUUAACGGGCAUUGAACGUUUUAAACCUGUUAUUGAAACGGGCAUUGAAUGUUUUAAAGCUGGUAUGUAACGGGCAUUGAACGUUUUAAAGCUGAUAUUGUAACGGGCAUUGAAUGUUUUAAAGCUGGUAUGUAACGGGCAUUGAACGUUUUAAAGCUGGUAUUUAACGGGCAUUGAACGUUUUAAAGCUGGUAUUUAACGGGCAUUGAACGUUUUAAAGCUGGUAUGUAACGGGCAUUUACUUAAAGUUAGCUUUAAUAUUUAGUACGUCAAGUUUUUUGGUAGUUGAGUUGGUACCUUAAUCUACCCUCCCUUUACUGUACCCUAAUCUACCCCGACCUUUAUUAAUGAUAGUACUUAUAUUUAAACCUUUUAACUGAUAUGAUAAUUUCAGUAGCAAACUUUAAUUAUAAUCAAAUAGCUGGAAUGAUUAUUAAAAAAGUAUUUUUCACAUCAAUGGAUUAUUAGAAAAUACAAUAAAUUUAAUUACCAAAGGUAAUUUUUGGGUAAAUCUUGUUAUUUGUUUCAGAAAACUAAUUUUGUUGAAAAUUGUUAAAUUAUAUGAGUUGUUAUAAAAAAUGUUCUGCGUUGACAAAUUCUGAUAUAUUAUGCAAUAUAAUUUUAUCUGUUUUUCUUUAGUUUAUUUGUUAAGCUACGCAUUAUUGCUUAGUUUAGUCGCAGUUAUUCCUUUAAAUUUGAAUAAAAUUUUGAAAAUUUA